AUGGAGUCAAUUCCGAUAUCAAUAAACACUCUCUCCAUUGACGAGCCCAUUCUCGAAUCACCAACGACCCCCCGUAGCUACUCGAUGGCUCUCGCAGCUCGUCACGCAAACAUGCGCGAUUCUCACUGCCAACACCGCCAAAUCCCGUCGCCACAGCUAUCUUCACAAUCUCCAUCCUCUCCAUGCCCCCCACCCGCCAAAAUACUACGCCAUCCGUCUCCAAUCCGAUAUCAAUCCACUCCGCCUUCAUCUCGCUGCUUUGCUGAUAUCCUCGACCCAACCAUCAACCUCUCCGAUGACAAUGGCGACAGGUCGAAUGACGUCGAUCUCCAGGUUAAACUCGCACUGAUCGACCUGCUCAACUGCAGCGAUAUUAAGACGGAUCAAGAAUCUCGCCUAUGGGUGCAGAACAAACUCAUGGAUACCGAACAUCGAUUAAAAGCCAGACGACGAAGCAGAGUCUUGCACUGCUAG